AUGAUUCUCCGGUUGCCGCUGCUGCUCGGACUUGUUUUUCUGCUCCCAAUCGAUGCAAAGCCCUCCCGAUCAGGUCGUGCAAAGAGGCGAGCCCACUGCGACCGUUCGCUGAAACACGACGGAUCGGAAUGGCACUGUGGAAAUGGGGCUGCUUCGUAUCUUGGGUCGAUCGCGCUGUCGCUAAUGUCGUUUGACACGCAGGCCAUCAACCGCUGCUGCGCCCACCACGACUACAACAUUGAUUGUCUGAUGACGAGGGCGGAAGCGGACGAGGAAUUCGACCGGUGCCUCAACAAGGGCAACUUCUUCACCCGGAUCUUCACCCGGCCGGUGAUGGUCUUCUGCGUCAAGACGUUCCCCGAGACUCCAGACGACGCCUUUGAGAAGAGCCCGGAAUAUAUGGCCUAUAUCGCCUCCGUUACUUAUUACAAUUCUACGGACGAUUCGAUGGACACAAAAAUUAAUGCGAGUACCGAUGGUUUUACCCAAACUUUCGAGAUUCCGGAAGAUCGUGCGUCAUUUGAAGUGCCAAAAGCCGAGCCUCUAAUACAAGCAAGUAUCGAUAGGAAUUACGUAAAUGAGAUUAUGGAGGCAGAAGUUACCACUACAACUACGGAAGACCCGUUUGAAGCCAGCUUUGAAGCCACGAUCGAAACGGCUCCCGAUCUGGGCGGCCUUGCCGAUGUUUUUGGCAAUUCGACAGAAUUCCUU